AGCCACGUAAACGUCAGGAAGGAAGGAAUCACAGCACUGUUUGCUAGCUGCCUCUUUUUUACUCUGGUUAGUUUCACAUCUGCAAAUCAAGGAUGUCUACAUGAUGCUACACCCGUUUUCCAGGCCUUCAAUGAGAUAUUCAGAGCUGUAAGAUGUCGAUGGUGUUGUUUGCCUCCGUGGUCCGGGUCGGAGACGGCCUGCCGCUCUCCGCAUCGACUGACUAUGAGCAGGACAAAGAGCUGCAGGAAACCAAGAAGAACCUGAAAGGUCUCUCCAAGAAACUCGGCCAGUUUCCCGACCGCUGCACACUGAAGACUGGACCAUAUAAUGUCAAUUUUACUAGCGCUCUGGGUGUUGGAUACUUGAUGGUGUGCACCGCAAACUACCCCAAUGUGCUGGCCUUCUGCUUCCUGGACGAGCUGCAGAAGGAGUUUAUCGUCACCUAUGACACCAAACGAAUCAGCAGUGCCGUGCGGCCGUACUCCUUUAUUGAAUUUGACACCUUCAUCCAGAAAACCAAACAGCGCUACAACAGCCCGCGCUCCCUGUCCACCAGGAUCAACCUGGCUGACAUGCAGACAGAGAUCAAGCUGCGGCCGCCCUACCAGCUCUCCCAUGAGGACCUGCGGGCCAUCAACGGAUUCUCAAUGCACACGCCCUCUAAAUACAAAGGCAUAGCUCCCACUCAGAUGUUGGAGCCGGUGACUCUUUCAGGCAUCGUGUCCUGUGUGCUCAGCGUCCUCUGUGGAGGCCUGAACCUGCUGAGAGGCGUCCAUGCCAUAGAGAGCAUAUUACAGAAUGACGAUGAAGACUUUAAUUAUGUGAUUGCCUUCUUCCUCGGCACAGCAGCCUGUCUGUAUCAGUGCUACCUGUUUGCCUACUUCUCCAUCUGGAGAGACAGCAAGUCCUUCCUGGCGUUUGCACUCAUCUGCCUGUCCAACAUGUAUCUGUAUGAACUGAGAAACAUGUGGCAGAUCCUCUUCCAUGUGUCCGUGGGGGCCUUCAUGACUCUGCAGAUCAGACUGAGACAACCGCUGGGGAAAGCGCCGGACUACAACGUCUGACAUAAAGACUUUGAAACAACAACAAAAAAAAAAAAGGACAAACAGACUGAUGAAGUCUGAUGUGUCGCACAUGCUCUGGACAUGCAGCAGAGACGGACCUGGACGUCUGGGGACAACAACAACAACAAAAAGAA